AUUUGAUGUUGGACAAGGCUGAGAGUGAAAGAAAUAGAUUCUUGUCCUAAAGAUGUGACAACCAUCACCUUCUGCGGCCACAGCUGAAUAUGAUCCAAGUUGAAGAUUACAAGCCUGAGGAUGAGACCGCUAGCUACAUGCAAGAAUCUCAGAAGUUGAACUUAGUCUGCAACAAAGAAUGGUUUGGAGUUGACCAUUCUUGUUCUCAGUGUAAACCACACACCAUUAUGCUUCCCCAAACAUACCAGAAUCCCUGGAGUAAAAUGAAGCCUCAACAGACAUCGAAGCUCGAUUCGAAUCAAAGAAUAAAAACAAGGAAACCUAUAGCCACAGUGAUUUUGCUACUAGUUCCAUUCAGUUUGCUUUUGGGUGGUACGAAGUGCAUCAAAGCAAACAACCUUCAUAUAUUGUGGCUUAUAUUGAUGUGUUUGUGUAUCUUCCAGCCUCUAGAUAUUGGUGAUUAUUUUUUCUCUAAUGGCAUCCCCAUCCUAUUCAUUGAGUGUCAUUCUGGGGCUAAAUGUUUAUUUGCUACAUGAUGAAUGGUACUUUUGAUUUUGUACUGAUAUAAUGGUAGACACUGUAGUGAGGUUGGCUGAAUGUAUGAUUACUCUGUAACAGACCUAGUUCCCAGUCCAGUUAAAUGAAAAAUAUAGGAAAGGGAGGAGGAGAAGGAGAAGCAAGAUGUGUAUGCCAGAAAUUGAUAUUCUGUUUUAUAAAUACAGAAAUACUCUACAUGUGUUAGUAAAAAGGAAAUCAACAACUUGUGUAAAUUUUGGAAAUAACACUGGGAAACAUACAAUUUUUGUGUUUAAAUCAUGCUAUCUAGUGUGUUGUCUUCAGAGGUCUUCAGAGCUUACUUUUAAAGUAGAUGAAAUUUCAGGACAGUUGAAUUCUGCACUAAGAAUACAUUAGUAAAAGUAUAUAGUUGUAGUAGAAGGCCAUGAAGCCACAAUAUUUUGUGGGAAAACUAAGUUUUAAAAAAUGUACAUAUGUACUCUAAUAUUAAGACUUCAAAUUGCUUAGAUGAUAUAGAAUUGCUGUUCUGAUUAAGUUAAAGAUAUCUUUGCAAUGAAAGUGGAAAUAUCUAUGAUAAUGAAGAUUUUUCUUUUAGAAAUGUUUGACCAAAAUAAAUAGUGUGAUAGCUUUUUCUAAAACAAUAUUACCAUGAAUCAGAUGUUCAUCACACUUCUGUCUGUUUCUUUUACUGUACUUUUUAAUGGGCUAUUAUUCAUGUUGAUUACUAAAUAACAUAUCUAUAGGCUCAUCUACACAAUUAAGGCCACCUGUGGUGUUUGUGCUUGCUACUCAUGUUUCAGAUCAUGGUGAUAAAGCACAGUGUAGACUGCUGAUCAACAGUGGGCUAUUCAUACUGUACUGACCACUAUGUGCCUAUUGAGUGAGUGUGACAGAUGCACAUUUAAGCUGAGCAUAACUUUCUGGCAUGCAAUUUUGCCAGAUAAUAAGGAACUUUAAGAACCAUGUUCACCAAUGCAUAGUAAUGAGCAUUAUGUGAUAAAUCCUGAGAUUUAAAUAUCAUUAUCAGUGUUGUUCUCAUUUUCCACUGUAGUAAGUGAAAUGUUUACUUUUGUUCUGUACCACUAGUCUAUAGGUGACAGGCAUCUGUGUGUAAACAUAUCACCCACUUAUGGGUAACUACCCCAGGGAUGGUGCUUAGAUUGUUCAUGUCAGCAUUGUCAUUUCCCCAAGUACACACUAUUACCAUGCUUGAACACCACAGGUCAACAGUGAUAAUGUAGAUGAACAUUUAGUCUUUGAGGUCAGUUUGGUUUGAAGUAAAAAAAAAAAAAAAAAGUAACUUUAAGAAAAUUAUCCAGAAGUGUACUCA